AUGCAAGAGUAUAGAGCAAGAAUUUCUUCUUCUUCUUUUUCCGUUUCUUUCUUCUUCUUCUUCUUCUGUUUCUUUCUUUUUUUUUUUCUUCUUCUUCUUCUUCUUCUUCUUUCUUUUUUCUCUUUCUUUCUAUUCUUUACUAGCAAUUCAUUUCUUUCUCCGUUUUUGUUCUCGUCUUCUUUCUUUUCGUUCUACAUUUUUUCCUACUUAUCCGAGAUGUCAUAUUCUCCGCGUUCCUUCAUCACGUCUUCCUCUUUUCAUUUUGUCUUCUCCUCUAUUUUCUUGGAUUUAGCCAUUUCCUUCUCCUUUUCUUGUUACUCUUCCUUCCCUUCUUCUUUUUUUUCAUUCUUCUUUUUUUUACUUUUUGCUGAGAUAACUUCUCUAUUUUCCUUCAUCACUUCUUCCUCCUUUCAUUUUGUCUUCUCUUCUUCUUUCUUGCCUUUAUCCAAUUCUCUCUCCUUUUCGUAUAUUAAUUUCUUUCUACUUUUGUGUUGCUCUUUGGUCUCUUCUUUUUCCUUUUCUUUCUUCUUUUUUCGUUUUUUUUUUUUUUCUGAAAUAUCAACUUCUAUACUUUCCUUCAUCACGUCUUCCUCCCUUCAUUUUGUCUUGUCCUCAUCUUUCUUACCUUUAUCUAAUUCUUUCUUUUUUUGUUUCUCUUUGUUUUCUUCUUCUUUUUUUUUCAUUCUUCUUUUUUUUCCUUCAUUGUUGAGAUAUCAACUCCUCUACUUUCCUUCAACACCUCUUCCUCCCUUCAUUUUGUCUUGUCCUCCAUUUUUUUUACCUUUAUCCAUUUCUUUCUCCUCUUCGUGUUUUUCGUUGGUGUCUUCUUCUUUGUCUUUCUUCUUUUAUCCUUCUUUGCUGAGAUAUCCACUUUUCUUCUUUCUUGUAUUUAUCAAUUUCUUUCUCCUCCUUCGCGUUUCUCUUUGGCCUCCAUUUCGUUUGCCGUUUCGUGUUUGCCUUUGGUCUCUUCUUUCAUUUCAUUCUCCUUUUUUUCUUUCUUUACUGAGACAUCAACUUCUCUACUUUCCUUCAUCACGUCUUCCUCCCUUCAUUUUGUUUGUUCUCUUUUUUUUUACCUUUAUCCAUUUCUUUCUCCUCUUCGUGUUUUUCGUUGGUGUCUUCUUCUUUGUCUUUCUUCUUUUAUCCUUCCUUGCUGAGAUAUCAACUUUUCUAAUUUUCUUCAUCAUGUCUUCCUCCCUCCAUUUUGUCUUCUCCUCUUCUUACUUGUCUUUGUUCACUUCUUUCUCCUUUUCGGGUUUUUCUUUGGUCUAUAUCAACUUCUCUACUUUCCAUCAUCACGUCAUCCUCUCUUCAUGUUGUCUUCUCUUCUUUCUAGCCUUUAUCCAAUUCUUUCUCCUUUUCGUAUUUGUCUCUGGCCUCUUCUUUCUUUUCUUUCUUCUUUUUCUCUUCUUUACUGAGACAUCAACUUCUCUACUUUCCUUCAUCACGUCUUGCUUCCUUCAUUUUAUCUUCUGCUCUUCUUUCUGGCCUUUAUUCAUUUCUUUCUCCUUUUCGUGUCUCUGUUUUGUCUCUUCUUUCUUUUUCUUCUUCUUUUUUCCCUUCCUUUCUGAGAUAUCAAUUUGUCUACUUUCCUUCAACACAUCUUCAUCCUUUCAUUUUGUCUUCUCCUCUUCUUGCAUUUAUCCUUUUCUUUCUCUUUUUCGUCUUUCACUUUGGUCUCUUCUUCUUUCUUUUCUUCUUUCUUUUCUUCUUUUUCCCUUCUUUGCUGAGAUAUCAACUUCUCUACUUUAUUUUUUUACCGCCAUUAUUAAUAAAUAUACCUUCUUCUUCUUCUUCUUCUUCUUCUUCUUCUUCUUCUUCUUCUUCUUCUUCUUCUUCUUCUUCCGAACUCUUUAUUCUUUUAAGACUCUCUUCUUCUUCUUCUUCUUCUUCUUCUUCUAG